AUGGCGGAUAUCGCGAAAUUGAAUAGCAUGUCGAUACGGUUUACAAAGUUUAAGACUUUGUUGGAUAUGCCGGUUAUUGAUUUGGAACAAUUACGGAAACUGAGCUGGGCAGGCAUACCCGACGAGAUCCGAUCAACAGUAUGGAAGCUCCUAAUGGGCUACCUCCCAUCAAGCGCCGACCGCCGCGACGCGACAUUACGGCGGAAACGGAAGGAAUAUGAGGAGUAUGUAGCACAGUCGUUCGGCAGGGGCAAGGCUACCCUGGAUCAAGGGUUAUAUCAUCAAAUCCACAUAGACGUUCAACGAACGCAUGCGACCGUACCACUAUACCAAAACGCGCGGAUACAAGAGGCACUGGAACAUGUCCUAUAUUGCUGGGCCAUCCGCCACCCAGCCAGUGGCUACGUCCAGGGCAUCAACGACCUCGUCACGCCGUUCUUUCAUGUGUACCUUCAAUCGCAUAUAAAGGGAGAUGUCGAACAAGCAAACCUGGAAAACGUGACACCGGAGCUGUUGACCGAGAUAGAAGCGGAUAGUUUUUGGUGUUUGACGAAAUUGCUUGAUGGAAUUCAAGAUAACUACACCCACGCACAACCAGGCAUACAACGCCAGAUCGUCCGCCUGAAGGAGCUCAUCAACCGUAUCGAUGCCCGCCUCUACGCCCACCUCCAAUCCCAAGGCGUCGAAUUCAUCCAAUUCGCCUUCCGCUGGAUGAACUGCCUCCUCAUGCGUGAGCUCUCGCUCCGCAACAUCAUCCGCAUGUGGGACUCCUACCAGGCCGAAGGGACCGACGGGUUCUCGGAUUUCCACCUCUAUGUGUGUGCCGCGUUCUUGGUUAAGUGGACGGAGCAGUUGCGGAGGAUGGAGUUUCAGGAUUUGAUGAUGUUCCUCCAAUCCCUUCCGACGCAAAACUGGGAAGACAAGGAAAUCGAGCUGUUGUUGUCUGAAGCGUACAUGUGGAAAUCGCUGUUCCAUAACUCGCCUAGUCAUUUGGCGCCGUCUAGCGGGACGGGGGCUUCGUAG